AUGUGCACAGUCUACACUGUGUUCUGCCUUCAAGCAGGUGUUGUCUCCGUUGCGGCCUGCUCCAAACAUGGCACUGCCACGACAUUUGCACAAGAGGGUGCCGUUGCACCCUGUUCACAGGAUGGCACAACUACUCUGUGCUACCUAGUGGGUGCUGUCAUGCCCUGUCCCCUGUCUCAGAUGUUGCAGCUGGCACCCUGUGUCCCCAUGGUCUCUCCCUGGAAUGGCAUGGAAAACAUCUGUCCCCCACCUCGAUUUGUCUCCAAGAGCACCUCUCCCAUCCCCUACCCCCAGGAGAGUGCUGUCGCUGUGUCUUCCCUCAAAGAGAACAUCGCAUCCAUGAAGGCUGGUCACUUCUUUUCUCCCAUAGAUAUGUGCACAGCUGAGUGUAACAGCAGCCAGGAAGCCAACAGCAGCAGUUAUCAGCUACAGCUGGUCAGCUCCACACCUUUGAGGAUCAAUUUAUCAAUGGCCAUAACUCAGUUCCUCGUGUGGCCUUUUAUAUACAUUGAUGUGCUCAUGCUUGUCACUUUCUCCAGGAAGCAGGCCUUCAGGACUGAGACACGCUACAUAUUGUUUGCCCACACCUUACUGGUUGAUUUGAUUUUUCUUUUGCUGACUGAUUUUGUGGUGCUCAUAUCCUACAGUGAUGUCCAGAUGCCCAUGGUGUUCUGUAUUCCUGUGUGCAUGCUUAUGGAGAUGGUCACUAUAUGCACACCUAUGAUUAUCACUGCCAUGUGUGUAGAGCGCUACGUGGCCAUCUGUAUGCCUCUGAGACACAGUGCUCUCUCCACCUCCAGCAAGACCCAUACUGCCAUCCUCAUAAUCUGGACUGUAAGCGCUGUAAAGCCGCUCAUGGAUGUGAUCAUCCUUGCCUGGACUGUCUCGCAAGCUUAUCUGUCACAGCUCACCCAUUGCUAUUAUGAGAUCUUGAUUCCUGAUACAUGGCAACAUUACAUGAGGGGCUUCCUUUGCAUCGUCAGCUUUAUAAUAAUUUUUCUUGUUGAAUUAUUUUGCUAUGUGAUGAUUAUGCUUGCUGCCCGAGCAGCCUCUGUUGACAAGAAGUCUGCAGCUAAGGGGCUCCGUACUGUCUCAAUGCACAUGCUUCAGCUUACACUGUGUACAAUGGAGGUUAUAUGCCCCUAUAUUGAAGCUGUGGUAAUAGAGAUUGACAUCCAGGUAUAUCUGUCAGUCCGCUUUUUUAACUUUGUAACAUUCAGUGUCAUCGCCAGGGCAGUCAGUCCACUUGUCUAUGGAAUAAGAGAUGAGAAAUUUUACACUGCCUUUGUAUACUACAUGCGAUGUGGACAAAAUCACAUAUCUUCUGAACACAGACAAUCAAACCCAGCACAAAAGUGA